AGGAAGAGGAACCUGAGGGGGAAACGAUAGAAAGACGUUGGGAGCCGAAAUAGAUCUGGUUUGCAGCACGUAGGACAUUUACACUGGUCCUAAUCAGAAAACUAAUUCUGAAAUGUAAAACUGAGGCAUGGAUUAUGAAAAGGUUUAAGAAACCAGUCUCUCUUGAAAAUAUGUUCAACUGUUAACAAGAAUUCAGCACAAAUUAGACUGCUUUCAGAACUGCCCUACUUUAAAGCAGAAUUAUUGUUACAAUGUCAAGUAUUGUCUCACCCUGGGUUAUCAUCUCAGCCAGAAGCACAAUCUCUACUUUGCAUGGAAAAGGACGUUUGUACUCCAGGUGCCUUUCAAGUCAGCACAAAGUAGCAUGGAGGAGUUUGUUUACCAACUCCUCCUUUUCUUCUUUCCUGGCAAGUUGCAAUCGCAGCAUGAACAAUGUUGUCACUGUGAGAAAAGCUUUCAGGCAUACCUCAACAGAAGAAGAAGACUUCUCUUUCCACCUGACGCCAUCACAGAUCAAUGACAUCUUAAGGGCAAAUGAGUUGUCCCAUACAAUCUCUGAAUUUGAUGGGAAAAAUCCAAGCUCAGUCCUGAAAUUUGAGAGCAACCACUUGGCCGCCAACACCCCAAUGGAAGACCGUAGAAGUGCAGCUACCUGCCUACAGACCAAGGGAAUGAUGUUUGGAGUCUUUGAUGGCCAUGCUGGUUAUGCCUGUGCCCAGGCAGUCAGUGAACGCCUGUUUUUUUACAUUGCUGUUUCUCUGCUUUCUCAGAAAAGGCUAGAGGAAAUUGAGUCUGCCAUGGAGUCCAUGAAACCAGUCCUGCCUAUUCUGCAGUGGCACAAACAUCCAAAUGACAGCUUCUUUCAAGAGGUAGCCUCACUGUAUUUGGAGCAACUCAGGGUUUAUUGGCAGGACUUACUGAACAUGGACAUGGAACCAGGCUUUACGAUAGAAGAAGCCUUGAUCUAUGCAUUUAAGAGACUGGAUUCAGAUAUAUCAUUGGAAGUUCAGGCUCCCUCAGAAAAUGAAUUGGUAAGAAACAUUGCUCUUCAGGUGGCUUUCUCAGGUGCAACGGCCUGUGUGGCUCAUGUUGAUAGCGUCCAUUUGCACAUUGCAAACACUGGUGACUGCAGAGCAGUUCUAGGAGUUAAAAAUAAAGAUGGGACAUGGUCUGCCCUCCCUCUUACUAGAGAUCACAAUUGCUUCAACGAAUUGGAAAUUUUAAGGUUUAAAAGGGGGCACCCGCCAUCUGAGGAGGACACAGUAAUUGUGAACAACAGGUUGCUAGGAGUUCUUAUGCCUUCAAGAGCGUUUGGAGAUGUACGAUUCAAGUGGAGCCAAGAACUGCAGCAGAGUGUACUGGGAAACAGUUGCAACACAGAGGCUUUGAAUAUUUAUGAGUAUGCACUUCCAAACUAUCAUACACCUCCCUAUUUAACUGCAGAGCCAGAAAUUACUUACCACAAACUCAGAAGGCAGGAUAAAUUUUUAGUGAUUGCUUCAGAUGGCCUGUGGGACAUGUUGAGUAAUGAAGAAGUGGUCAAGCUGGUUGGAGAUCAUUUAGCUGAAGCGGAUGUCCAGAAAAGACAGCUGACUUUUAAAAAACCAGCCAAUCUGGGUUACAUGCAAAACUUACUCCUUCAGAGGAAAGCCAGGCAGGUCCAGUCCUAUGACCAGAAUGUGGCCACCCAUGUCAUUCGACAUGCAAUUGGCAAUAAUGAAUAUGGAGAGAUUGAUCCAGAAAGGCUUAUGGCAAUGUUGACUCUUCCAGAUGACUUGGCACGCAUGUAUAGGGAUGACAUCACAGUCACUGUUGUAUAUUUUAAUUCUGAUGUAAUUGAAGCUUACUACAGAGAGAAUGAAUAAGGUACCUGUCUUGCUAUGGGCAAAACACAUCAGUUCUGGGAAUCAUUAGGCAAGGUUUUUCCUGUUAGUUAAAUCCCUAGAAAUACUAUUGUGUAGAAGUCUCACUGAUCUUCAGCCGUGUCUUCUCAAUUCAGUACAAAUUAAAAUUGAUUUAGUUCAAA